AUGGCUUCAAAACGGCACUUGGAGUCUCUGGACCCUGUGAUUUUCAACAAGCUACCUCGGCUGGAGACGGAGCCCGCUGCCGGCUUCCCCAACGGCCUCUGCAAAUCCAGCCCUGUGCCCAACCCUGGCUCCGAAAACCAUUUCAACUACAAGGGCUCCUACUUCGCCUGCCCGCUGCAAAGCCCCGAUGGCCCCGAGCAGCCCCUGAAGCCGGUGGCGGUGAACAAGGCGGCCCCCCUGGCUGUCCCCAAGCCGGUGUACAGAGCCCCGGCGUGCUCACUGGACCCCAGGAGGCCCCUGCCGCUGGGACCCCGGGCGGAGAGCCUGCAGCAGAGACCGGGGGAUGCAGACUGGGCUCUGCCUGCCGCCGCCCCCACCAGCCACCCUCUCCGCCCCGGCGAGCCCCGCAGCGGCACCGGGCUGCACAAAAGGGGUCCCCACUCCGACCCUAGCCUCCCGCCGCUGCACCCCAGCCUGGCGCUGCCCGCCAAGGAGAAGGUGGGCUCCCCCAUCGCCUUCUCCCCCUACUACGCCGCCUUUGAGAAAUACAGGGCCCCCCCCGGUAGCCCCUUCCUGCCAGCCAGCUGCCCCGCGGCCCACAGCCAGAGGAAGGCGCCCGACGCUGCCCUCCUCUACCACCCCCCGGCUCCCUCUGUGGAGGCACAGCCCAGCACCCUGCCCGGCGCCUACAAAGGCUUCGGCUUUGCAGGAAGCGGGGAGCCCUUCCCUUGCACUUACCUUAAGCCCCAAGCCCCAAGGAGCUACUUUCCCGGCCCCUUGGACACCUAUGUGCCGAGGGCAGCCGGUGCUGGUGUGGUGGCAUCACCGCCUGCCAAGUCGGCGGCGCUGCCGAGGGAGAAGGUGCCCGGGGGCUCCGGUGGGCUCGCAGAGACCUUUCCCAAAGGUGAAGGGGGCUGGGUGAAACCCAGCCGGGGAGAGCAGGAGCCCCCCUACCCAGGGAGGAGGAGGGCCAGCCCAGCCCCCCAGGAGAGCCCCCGCGGGGGACCACCGGCUCCCAUCACCGUAGGGGGAGAUACCUGCAAGGUCAAGGAUACAGCCAAGGAGCUCAUCCCCCCUUCUCCGGCUGCCUCCCCCCCGGAGGGGCUGAAAGUCCCGAGGGACGGCGAGGUUUCUCCUUCCUCCCCACCCAUGCCAGUGAUCAACAACGUCUUCAGCCUGGCACCUUACCGAGACUACCUGGAGGGGACCGAGGGCUCAGCCCAGGUCCCCUUCUCCAAGGAGCAUCUGCGGGGGAACACCCCACCCCGAAUCGCAGGGAGCAGCUGCGAGCCCGCUGCCCUCGGAGACACAAGCAGCAGUGCGGUCCAGAGCCAAGGGGAAAACUGCUAUGGAAGGGUCCCUGAAAAGCCAAAGCUUGUGCCCCAAGACCCGGGGUCUCAGAGGGGCAGCCCUGGCGGGGUGGGGAGCGGAGAGCCGGCCCCCGAGGAUGUCGCGCUGGACCUCAGCUUGAAGAAGAGACUGGUGAAAGCUGGGGAGACCCAGGGACCCGUCGGACGCAGGGAGGGGACGCCAGAUGGGGAGGGUGCGGAGGAGGAGAAGGAGGGUCCAGAGGGGAAGACGAGGACCUCCGCCGGUCAGUAUUUCGCCACCCUGCACACCUCGCUCUGCGACAUUAUUUCAUGCUCGGUGUCCAGGUCCUCCCCGGAGCUCCUGCGGGAGUGGUUGAAGAAGGCAGAGCCGGCGGAGGAGCUCGGAGAGAUGCCCAAAUCCCCCCCCAAGCCCAAGAACGGCUCCAAGAUCCCCGAACCUCAGAAGCCCACCAAAGGCAAGGAGAUCUGGCUGGCUUUCCAGGAUGUGGCCGCUCUUCUCACCAACCUGCUCUCUCAGCUGGAGACCUUCAUGUUCGCUCGCAAGUGUCCUUUCCCCCACGUAGUCCGGGCAGGGGCCGUCUUCAUCCCCAUCCACGUGGUGAAGGAGAAGCUCUUCCCCAAGCUCGCCGGGGCCUCCGUUGACCAAGUGCUCCAGGAGCACAAGGUGGAGCUGCGCCCCACCACGCUCUCGGAGGAGAGGCACCUGAGGGACCUGGAGCUGAAGAGCUGCACGUCACGCAUGCUGAAACUCCUGGCGCUCAAGCAGCUCCCUGACAUCUACCCGGACCUGCUGAACCUCCACUGGCACGACUCCAUCAGGCAGCAGCUCGGUUCAAGCUCGCAGGCUGGCCAGCAUCCCCCCAAAUAG